UGGUCAGGCAUGUGCCCGUCACCAAAGACCCACCUACAGAGCUCCUGCCAGUGCUAGGGAAAGGGAAGGGAGAUGCUGCCAGGAUAGCAGGGAGAGAGCCGCGGAACCCCAGUGCUCCUGGAGAAUUACGCCAGCGCGUGGGAGCAGAGAGCUUGGUGUGGAGCCGGGACAGCGGACGCAAGGAGAGACUGAGACCUGCAGCUGUGAGAAUGAAUGUGCAGCGGACCACAGUCGAACAGUUUCACAUAUCACUGCACCAGCAUACUCGUGGACAGCUCUGCGGACUAGGGAUUGGCACAGGCUGAGGAUGGGUACAUGGUGCAGAACCAUAGCAAGAUACUUCUGACUUGCUUUGGACAGAUCCAGUGGAGCAGUGCCCACCGCCUUGGUCCAGGAACUGCCUGACUGUGGACAGAGCUAAAGGACAGACCAAGUGGCUGUGGACACUUCUCUCUUCAUAUCUGGCAUUGCUCGGAAUUAUUUGAGUCAGGGUCAAACUCUGUGAGCUGAUCACUGACCCUAGUAUUAGAGCAAUCCAUAGAAAGUGGGCACAAUGGCCAUGACACUGUUAGAGGAUUGGUGCAAGGGAAUGGAUCUGGACCCCAGGAAGGCCCUGCUGAUUGUGGGCAUCCCGGUGGAGUGUACUGAGGCCGAAAUUAAAGAGGCUGUGAAGGCCAGCUUGCAGCCCCUGUGUGCCUACAGGGUGCUGGGCAGAAUGUUCAGGAAGGAAGACAAUGCUAAAGCAGUCUUAAUCGAAUUGGCUGAUACUGUCAAUUAUGCUACACUGCCCAGACAGAUACCGGGAAAGGGAGGUGCCUGGGAAGUGGUGGUAAAGCCCCGUAAUCCAGAUGACGAAUUUAUCAAUAGACUGCACUUCUUCCUAAAAGAUGAGGGCCGGACAAUGGCAGAUGUGGCCAGAACCCUGGGGUAUAGCACUCCCACUGAGGGCAUGGAGGCAGGAGGCUUGGCCAAUGUCAAACCACCAGUUUUUCAACCUCUAAACAAAAGCAUGUCGCACCAAAAACUGAAAGUGUUUUCAGGAAGUGCUUUCCCAGGCCCGGGAGAAGAGGACUUUGAAGUCUGGCUGGAGCAGGUCACUGAGAUGAUGCAGAUGUUGCAAGUGUCUGAGGUGGAGAAGAGGCGGCGCCUGGUGGAGAGCUUACGGGGUCCUGCUCUGUCCAUUAUGCGGGUGCUCCGGGCCAACAAUGACUCUAUGACAGUGGAGCAGUGCGUGGAUGCCCUGAAGCAGAUCUUUGGGAAUAAAGAGGACUGCAGAGCCGCGAAGUUUAAAUUCCUCCAGACUUCUCAGAAGUCUGGAGAGAAAACCUCUUGUUUUUUGCUACGGUCAGAGCCUCUGCUGCAGAAAGCUGUACAGCACAGCCCCUUGUCGGUGUGGAGCACAGACAUGAUUCGUCUAAAACACGUCCUGGCUCAGGCCUGCAUGACCACCACCGUCCGGGCCAAGCUGGAGCCCCUGGAUCAGCACGGCUGUGCUCCCACGUUUCUGGAGUUAAUGAAGCUCAUCCGGGAUGAAGAGGAGCAGGAGACCACCAAGAGCAUGAAAAAGGAGAAGCAGAAGCACGGUGGGAAGAGCCGCCAGGCCUCCGGCAGGCAGGCGGCAGCAGAAGCCAGUGUUCCCACACCACAAGCCAUCCCGCAGGCACAGCCCUUGAGUGAGGUCAGCGCGCAGACCGGCCAGGAAAGGGCUGCCCCAUCACUGAAGCGCAAGCGAGUGCCAUGCUCCUCCGGGACCACUCAGGCAGCAUGUCCUACAGCUAAGCAACCUCCAGUGAAGCAGGCGUCUCAGCCAGCAGCAGAGAAGUUGGGAAACGAGACAGGGGCUGGGGCUUUGAGCCACCCCAAGCCCUAGGAAGCGAAGGCUCAGGAGACCCAGGGACCCCCUCCCCUAGCAAACAGCAGAAAAACGUUAACAAGUGGAAGGGGCCGUCCACACAGACAGCAGGGGAUUGGAGUGGGGCCCAGGGGCUGGACAGCCAGGUCCGGGCUGAGCCCCUGUGCUCUCCACCAGCUGGCAGGGACUCUACCUGCCAAGCCAAACUCCAAUCAGGGAGGUGCUGGCAACACAAGCAGGGGUCUACGACACCCAGCACAUGUGGUUCCCAAACCUGGGAUGGGGAUCCCAACAUGGCAGAACCUGAAGAAGUUACAACUGGGAACUCCAGCACCAGCCCUGUCACCUGGUCACCCCAAAACACGCACCCUGUGUGCUCUGAGCUAAGAUUGCCAACCAGCCACCAUGCCACCUGGGACCCGGAGAAGCAUUCCCGAGACCACCUCUUCCAGAAGGAGCCAGAGCCAGUGAGAAAGAGCUGCAACGCAGAGAAGUAAUGCCCCCAGAGAGGGUCGUGUAUGGUCCCGCCUAUCUGCAGGAUCAUGUACACCUGCUCUAGGGGAGCCCAGGAAUGCAGCACCCUUGAGCCCCUGCACAAGUGAGAACAGAACACCCAAUGGCCCUGGAAGCCCAGUGGCAGCCUGCAGGCAGUCUCCCUACCCCUGCAGCCUGGAAGGGCUAUUGAAACAAGGAGAACAAAGACUGUAUAAUCCCCAGGCCAGAGCCUGAGCUCAGCCUGGCAGGUGAGGGUACCGAGUACCCCCCAGCAGGACUUGCUGUGAGUAGGUGUGCAGCGAAACUUUUGUUCCAGAUCAGGACAAGAAAUAGCAGGAA